AUGAUUAAGGAGGAGAGGGCGAGCGCGUUUUUGCGGCCGAGGGAGGAGUCAGCCAGGGCCGCCAUGGCGAAGCCGCCGACGAGGCAGCCGAGGAAGAAAGCGGAGGCGGGAAGGCCGGUGAGGAUAGGCCCGGAGCACUGCAGGGACCACUCGGAGAUGAUGGAGGAUGAAGGCGGGAGGUCCCAGGACCAGCUGCCAGGUGGGAGGCGGCAGAGGUCGGCACAGGUGGAGGAGGAGUUGUUGCAGGUCCACUUGGGGUCGGCGUCGGUGAAGACGCUGAUGAAGGUCUGCUGGGCGUCGAAAAACCAGGCGAGGGAGAUGAGGGUGGCCUGA